AUGCCCGCUCUUACCAACUGGAAUGAUGAGAUCCAGUUUGAAGUAGCCGAUGACCGCUUCAAGAUGCCGACACAGGUUUCGGACGUUCAAGCCAUCGUCACACAAGCCUUUAAACAGGACCAACGAGUGACCGUUGUCGGUGCCAUGCAUUCGACCACUGAAUGCACGGUGGGCACCGGCAUCGUCAUCUCGAUGGAGAACAUGGCUCGCGUCCUCUCCGUGGAUCAGGAGCGGCUAACGGUCACCGUGCAAGGAGGCGUGACCCUGCGCCAGCUGUGUGCCCACUUGAAAGAACUCGGCCUCCAGCCUCCUGUCGUCCUGGAAUGGGGCAAUUUCCAGAUCGGCGCCAUCAGCGGCACGCACGCCAAUGACACCUCAACGAGACGCUCUGCGCAAUUCUCGUCGUUCGUUCUCGGCGUGAAGCUGGUCACGCCAACCGGCGAGAUUAUGGAAAUCUCGGAAUCGCAGAAUGCGGCAUACCUGCCUGCCAUUCGCUCCCAUUUUGGCAUGCUCGGCGUAGUCUGCGAGGUCACCGUGAGUGUCUUCAAGACCCGGCCGUUGCAGGUCAGUUUCCAGGUCGCGCAAAUCAACACGUUCAUGGACAACUUUGCAGCGGAGCUGCAGGCGCUAAAAGCAGCCAACGACCAGGUGUUCGGUAUGCUUUUUCCGACCACCGGCAAGCUGCUUUGGCAAUGCCGCAAGUUCUUGGAUCCGGCGAUACCGAGGCCGGAUUCCCCAACGGCCUGGCUCGACCCGAUUGAAAGCAGGAACAUCAGUCUGUUCGGGGGUCUGUUUCUGCCCCUGGUGAAGGCCGUGACGGGGUUACGCCUCUCGGCCGACAAGGCCGGACUGAUCCACAAUGCGAUGGUCGACUUGCCGCUGAAGAUCAUCCGCCACAGUCGCUAUAUCGUCGAUCCGUGCGAUCGUGGCGUCAUCUACGGCGAAGACGAUCCGAACUUUGAAUUCUAUGACUGGGUAUUUCCUGAGGAGAAAUGGUGUGACAUGAUUCGGGCGUUUCUGCAGCUGAGCGACCGCUUUCGGCAGCAGCAUGACUUCAUCUUGCCGUUGCCCGCACUUGUCUACUUUAUCAAGCAGGACCAGGCGUCCCUGCUGUCGCGAUCCCGGAGUGCCAACAUGAUGGCGGUUGACCCUGAGUAUCCUGACCCGAAGGAUCCCAAGUGGAGGGAGUUUCGCCUUGCCUUUAAUGAGGUUGCUGUGCGUCACGGUGGCAUCCCUCAUAUCAACAAGACGCGCGACGGGGCGAUCAGCAAUUUUGCCCAGGUCCACGAUCCCGAGAGCAUCCGGCAGUUUCUUCAGAUACGCGAGCAGCUCGACCCAAAGGGUUUGUUCCUCAACGACUUUUUUACGACCAUGUUCGCCAAUUACCUUUAA